ACAGAGAUUGUAUUUGCCCAAGAUUGCAAGGCAUUAAGUGGCAGAACCUGACCUCUUCAUAUUUCAUGUUCGGAGUCACUCAGCUAACACGACAGGGGAUGGAGGCUGAGAGACCCCAGGAAGAAGAGGAUGGUGAGCAGCAUCAGGGCCCCCAUCAGGAUGAGCAUGGCUGGCCCCCUGUGAACAGCAGCGCUCGGCCUUGGCGAUCUGCUCCUCCGUCCCCUCCUCCUCCAGGGUCCCGCCACACAGCCCUGGGGCCCCGCUCGGCCUCCCUGCUCUCCCUGCAGACUGAGCUCCUUCUGGACCUGGUGGCUGAGGCCCAGUCCCGCCGCCUAGAAGAGCAGAGGGCCACCUUCCAUCCCCCCCAGAACCCCCCAAGCCUAGGCCAAGCCCUGCCCCGGCCUCUUGAGGACAGAGAACAGCUCUACAGCACCAUCCUCAGUCACCAGUGCCAGCGGAUGGAAGCCCAGCGGUCAGAGCCUCCCCUACCCCCCGGGGGACAGGAGCUCCUGGAGUUGCUGCUGAGAGUGCAGGGUGGGGGUCGAAUGGAGGAGCAAAGGUCCCAGCCCCCCCCACACACCUGCUGAGACUUGAGCCCCCACCAGCCCCUCUGCACUCCUGGGGCUCAAAAGCUGGGCAGCCCACUGCAUGCCCUCAACCCUGCCAGGCAGGGGCACCAGAGACUGGAAGACUGAGCAGAAAUCUAAAUAUUCAUCGCCCUCAUCCAUCUUUGCUGGGAACUGGAGCGGGUGAAAGUCCUCAAACCCUGGGAAUAGUCAAGGUAGGAUGGACAUUUAACUCCCUCCAUGACCAAGUAUGUAGGAGCUUGAGGCUGUGAGAGGAUCCCAGCCACAGUGGGACACCUCACCCUCUCCUCUGCUCUCAGGGAGUGGCUGGGAGUCUGGGUCCUGAGCUGUGGGGACACCCCCAGUAGUCAAGCCACCAGGCGGGAUCUGAGGGCUCAGGCCUCCAUCUCCCAAAGGAAAGGCAAAUCUCCCAAGGUCUUGACCUGAGAGACAGUUCCACCCUCCUUCCCCGUAAGAAGACAGGAAGAGAGGGCACAGCAAAGACAUAAAGACUAUUCUCCCACCUCCAUCACCGGCACCCCCCAGCCCCUGGACUGAGGGGCCUACAGGCUGUGAAUGGACAUUCAGCCCUGCCCACCCUCCCUCCCCACUGCUGUUCUGAGCUGUCUGAUGUUUGACUAUAUGAAUAAAUAUAAUUCCCCUCUGGA